AUGGCUUCCUCCUCCUCCUCCAUCGCCGCAGACCAGGCCGCGCGCCUCCUCUCGUCCUUUUCCAGCUUCCUCACCGUCGCCGUGCACUCGCUGCUCUUCCACCGCGCCCUCUACCCUGCCCGCAGCUUCCUCACCACGCGCGCCUACAACCUGCCCGUUCAUCAGUCCCGCCACCCGGGUGUCUGCGCAUGGGUCGCCGACGCCGUCGCCGCCAUUGCGGCGCAGAUUCGCAGCGGCGCCGCACGCGCCGUCGUGCUCGCCGUCCACGCUCCGCAGUCCAUGACGGUGCUGGAGCGCUGGGUGUUUGACCUGCAGUCAUUUCCGGCUUCGUGGGGCGAUGCUGCCGCCGCCGCCGGUGGAGGUUACAGAGACAAUAGUGACGGCGGCCCGGCGGCGGCUACGGGGACGGAUGAUUUUGGUGCCGCCGGGCUGGAGUCGGCGGCGGCGGUGGCAGAGGCGGGCGGCGAGGGCCAAGAUGAGGUCAACUGGACAGAUGUAAAUGAAGGUUUGCGAGGCGCGUUGCGCAGAAUUGCGUAUGCGGGGGAAAAGAGCCCGCCGCUGCCGGAGAAUUGCACCUUUACACUUGCAGUUGAGCUGCGCCAAGAAUCAGAAGCACCUAUUGGGCACCCUCAAGCUUGGAUCCCGGCAGAGGCUAAGAAGCACGACGCCGCGGCUGGGCGACCAGACAUGAAUACUGCGCCGAUUCGCUCUGUGAGAGCCGGGCCGCUAUUCUUUGAGUGCUGGCUCGAGAAGAAGAUGCAAGCCCAAGAAUCGCAUGAUAAUAAUCAAUGA